AUGAUCUACGACAACAUCCUCCAGACAAUCGGUAACACACCAAUGGUUCGCAUCAACCACCUUAACCCAAACCCAAAGGUCGAAAUGUACGCCAAGCUUGAAGGUUUCAACCCAACAGGCUCUGUUAAGGAUCGUAUCGCCCUCAAGAUGAUCGAGCAAGCCGAAUUAGAAGGCAAGCUCAAGCCAGGCAGCACAAUCAUCGAAGCUACAUCUGGUAACACAGGUAUCGGUCUUGCUAUGAUCGGCCGUGUUAAGGGCUACAAUGUCAUCAUUGUUAUGUCAGAAGGUGUUUCUCUUGAACGCCGUAAAAUGAUCAAGGCCUUCGGUGCUGAUAUCAUCCUUACAGACAAGAAGCUCGGCACAGAUGGCGCCAUCAGAAAGGUCGCUGAAAUCCUCAAGGAGAACCCAGGAAAGUACUUCAACCCUAACCAGUUCUCUAACGAGUACAACAAGAUCGCUCACUACAAGACAACAGCAGAAGAAAUCUGGGCUCAGACACAGGGCAGAGUUACACACUUCGUCGCUGCUGUCGGCACAUCCGGCACACUUAUGGGUGUUGGCAAGAACCUUCGUGAGAAGAACCCAGACAUCAAGAUCGUCGAAGCUCAACCAACAAAGGGUCACUACAUCCAGGGUCUCAAGUCCAUGGAAGAGGCUAUUGUUCCAGCUAUCUACCAGGCUGACAAGAUCGAUGAGCACAUCCUCAUCGAAUCCGAAGAGGCUUUCGCUAAGGCUCGUGAAAUCGUUGCCAAGGAAGGUAUCUUCAUCGGCAUGAGCUCUGGUGCUGCUAUGCUCGCCGCUCAGAAGCUUGCUGAGAAGCUCGAUCACGGUGUUAUUGUUGUUCUCUUACCAGACCGUGGUGAGAAGUAUCUUUCUACAAAGCUCUUCGACACAGAAUAA